AUGUCUUCUGACAAAGAGCCAUCUAAGAUCGGAGGUGAUGCCAAAUAUUAUCAAGGUGUGGUUCAAGAAUCCGUCGGCAAAGCGUUAGGCAAUGAACAAAUGCAAACUGAUGGUACAGCUAAGAAACUCGAAGGUCAAUCCGAAGCUGAGGCUGCUAAAGUUGCAGGACAACAAAAAAAAGAGAAGGUCAUAGGCAAUGUAAAAGAGACUACUGGCAGCGCUCUCGGAAAUGAACAAAUGGAAGCUGAAGGAAGAGAACGUAAACAAAAUGCUUAA